AUGAAAGCUCCCUGCUCCUUCUCCUGCCUCCUGUUGCUGAGCUUCAGCACCUGCUUCCCUCUGGACGAUGGCCAGACACCUGGGAGAUCCCCCGGGAAAGAGCAGCCUGGCCUCUGCGGCAUUGAACCCCCCAAGUGGAGGCGUUCGGCUGAAGACCUCCACUCCCUCUUCAGCAUAGCUAAGGAGCUCCAAAGCUUCGGGAAAGAAAAAGCCGGCAUCCAGUUCCGAUUCGGGAGGGACCGAGAAGAUGAGAACGAGGCCAUGAAUUACCUGCCCGAGGAAGAGGCCCUGAAACGAGGCGACACCCUGAGCAGCCUGGCAGAGGAGCUGAAUGGCUACAGCCGAAAGAAGGGCGGGUUCAGCUUCCGCUUUGGCAGGAGGGUGGCGCGGUUCUGAUGGCCACUCCUUUCCAGAACAAGAGUCCCUGUGUGGUUGUAUUCUCUGCUGCAUCUCCCCCUGAGGACCAAAAGA